CAGUGAGCAGCAAAAAUGUCGUCUUCGUGGAAUGCAGGAAAUAAUGCUGAAACAAACAGUCAAUCUUCCAACAACUCGCACGAAGAUGCAACGGAUGAACUAGGGAAUGAUGCAGAAGGGGUAUGGAGUCCCGAUAUUGAACAGAGUUUCCAGGAGGCACUAGCAAUCUACCCACCAUGUGGGCGGAGAAAAAUUAUCCUUUCAGAUGAAGGAAAGAUGUAUGGACGAAAUGAACUGAUUGCUCGAUACAUCCAGUUAAGAACUGGUAAAACACGGACAAGAAAACAGGUGUCCAGUCAUAUGCAAGUCCUGGCUAGGAGAAAAUCCAAAGAAAUUCAAGCACAGUUAAAAGACCAAGCAUCUAAAGACAAAGCUUUACAAAGUUUAGCCUCCAUGAGCUCCGCCCAGAUAGUGUCCGCUAGUGCCAUCCACAACAAGGCUCUUACUCAGGGGAUCGGCGGGAUCCCAGCCCCCAUGCCACCCACCAUGCAGCCACCUUAUGCAAGGCCUCCAUUUUGGCAACCAGGUCUUCCCCAGGGCGAUGUGAAGCCGUACCCAGCAGGCUAUGGCUCCAUGGAUACCAAGCCCCCUGUGUCCAUGCCCAGUGAGUCCUCAGCGCCAGCAUGGCAAGGGCGAUCAAUAGCAGGUCCCAAACUACGAUUAGUGGAAUUUUCUGCCUUCUUGGAAAACCAACGAGAUCCUGAACAGUACCAUAAACACAUAUUUGUACACAUGGGCUCUAAUUCCAGUUACACAGAUCCAUUACUAGAGUUUUGGCAACCAGGUCUUCCCCAGGGCGAUGUGAAGCCGUACCCAGCAGGCUAUGGCUCCAUGGAUACCAAGCCCCCUGUGUCCAUGCCCAGUGAGUCCUCAGCGCCAGCAUGGCAAGGGCGAUCAAUAGCAGGUCCCAAACUACGACUAGUGGAAUUUUCUGCCUUCUUGGAAAACCAACGAGAUCCUGAACAGUACCAUAAACACAUAUUUGUACACAUGGGCUCUAAUUCCAGUUACACAGAUCCAUUACUAGAGGCAGUGGAUAUUCGACAGAUUUAUGACAAAUUUCCAGAAAAGAAAGGUGGUUUGAAAGAAUUAUAUGACAAAGGUCCACAAACAGCAUUUUUCCUCGUCAAAUUUUGGGCUGAUCUCAAUACGAAUGUCCAAGACGAGUCAGGUGCUUUUUAUGGAGUCACAAGCCAGUGAGUACAGCAGUUACAAAUAAAAGUCAUUAAUAGAAGUCUUUGUAUAAUUUCAGUCAGUGUAUUAGAGAAGAUUACUGAAUCAAACAAUGAAAUGUUGUGUCGUAAUCUUUUUCAGACUGAAUAUCCCAGGUUUGAAAAUGGACGUUUUGUGUACAACAUAAAUCGGUCACCAAUGUGCGAAUAUAUGAUCAACUUCAUCCACAAGCUCAAGCAUCUUCCAGAGAAAUACAUGAUGAACAGUGUGCUGGAAAACUUCACUAUUUUACAGGUUGUGAGUAACAGAGACACCCAAGAAACCUUACUGUGCAUAUCAUACGUGUUUGAGGUGUCAACGAGUGAACACGGGGCACAGCAUCACAUCUACCGCCUUGUUAAGGACUAGUUCACUGCCAGGCCCAUCUUCCCGAUUUGCCAUUGACUGAACCACAUAUAUGCAGGGCAUAGUGUGUGAGGGAGAAAAAAAGGUGCACAUACUGCUGCCACUGAUUCAUGUAAAUGGCACAGGAAAUAAAGCAGCUAGAAGGAAAAAAAUAGAAAUGAUUUCUCAGGCUGCUUUUUUUGCCAGUGUUAAGGUGAAACAGUAGGUAGAAAUUUGCUGCAAUAUUUACAGGUAAAUAAUAUUGAAGCUGCUAAGAACUACUGUGUGUGCUACAGACAGAUCUCAACUGCUGGUUCUAUUUAUUUGUUGAGCUCACACACCUUUUUUUUUUUUUUUUUUUCGUUAAGAUCUGCAGAUAUAGGGUAAAAACUGAAACCAAAUCCUAUUGACUGCUAUGUUAAUGUAUUUGACACAUGAGCCAGGAACUGUUUUACCCCUGAUGUGCUGAAAGUACAAAGUAGUAGAGCCUUGAUAAAGAAUAUGCAAGUUACUUUGCACAAAGCUUUGUUGAUGUUGUGAGAGAUGUAUUUUUGAAAACUUCUUACAGAUUGGUCGUGUUGUUGACCAUUUUCAUGCAUUUGGCUGAAUUUUUGUAUAGUUUUUAUACACCCAUUUCUCUUAGUCCGAGUAUAGAAAUCUCCACAGAUAUAGAUGAUUAAGAAUUGUAUUUGCUAAAUCUAAUACCAUUUCAUGCUAAUUAUACUUGUAAAAAGUAUGGAUUUUUUGUGACAUUUUAGUCUUAGAUUUGUCUGGUUUCAUAAAUAUUCUAAAAUAUCGAGAUAUAUAUAGGAAUGAAGGAAUAUACUUACUCCAGGUCUAUCAGAGUGGCCAAUAGUAGGUUCAAAUAUAUAGAUAUUUACCCUGCUGAUGAUAAGAAAUAUGACAUUGUUACUAAUUGGACAUCUUUAACUUCAGGUUGUGUAAGCUGUGAAAUGAUGCACAGCAUACAAUAUACAAUGAACUUUGUAUGUGUGGAAGUCGGUGCCUUGUUUAUAUUAUUCUUCUAACCAGUCGGGUUGAAGAAAGAUUAGUAUAUGCAGUGCAGUUUGCACAAUAUUUUCUACUGGUUCUGGGAGCUGAUCUACCCCUCUCUAUUAUAACUUUUGUGUAAGUACUGCAGCAACAGCAGCAUUCCUUUGAAAACGAUACUUCUAAACACUGUGCCUGUUUGAUGACUUUGUUUUUUGUGGUUUAUUUUUUAGUUGGGUGAGAAAUGAUCUUUUAAGUAUAUGAAGACAUCGCUGUACUCUCUUCUGUUCAAGUCCUGUCCAUCAAAUUGAAAGAUCUUUUAUUACUAAGAAGACCUAUUUUGAUAGGGGAAAAUCUGCAUUUUAUACAGCAUUGUAUAUUUUGUAAUUAUAAGUACAGUAUUUUAUUAACUAUUGUUUGUAUAUACAUAUUACACAAUGAUUGUACAUGGCUUUUAUAAUAUUUUAUUUAGGCCCACCUAUGCUUGAUUUAAAUAUAGUGGUAAUUUUAUCUAGAAGUUGUGCUGUAAAACUGCAUGUUGUCCCAAAUUAAAAGCAAUACAUGGUUCUGGCUGGUCUGGGAGAUUGUAACGCUAUGCAAACCACAAAGUCUGGGUUAAUACGAGCUACUGCCUUACAGCUGUCUUACUCUCUCUAUGCAUUGGUUGUCAUAGCAACUUUUUUUAGUUGAAACUUCUGGCAUCUUUUAAUUUCACUGCAAAUCUAUAUAAAUACAAUCGUCCAAGCCAACUAAGGUACCACUUAUAUAGACAGUUUGCUGAUUAUUAUAUUUUAUCUCGGAUUAGUAGACUAGUAAUGAAUGUAUAGAUUUUAAUAGGGAUUAUCAUGGUCCAGAAAUGCCAUUUGUGAUUUUAAGAAUAUUGCGUUGUACUUAUUUACCGAUGAUUUAUGCAAUAAUUUUUUAAAGAAAAAAGGUGCUUUGCUGUACGAAUAGAUUGAAAGCAAAUGUUAUGCAAUGAAAACUGUCACAAUGAUUAUGAGCUUACUGCAGCGAACAAAAAUCCUCAAUGCCCGUUUUUCCACAAGCUGGUUCUUUGGAUACUUUUUAACUUUGUGCAGCUUUGGGGGAUUUCAAGACUUAACACCCCAACUGAAUUGCUGGGCACAGCUGCACUGAAAAUAUACGUCAUAUAAUCGCAACGUAAAGAGGUGAGCGUGUGCUCACACAAGUGUCCGUCUGUUCUGGACUAUGUGAUGAAGUUUGGAGUCCCACAUUAUUGGCGAAUCGGUUUGAUAUUAUUGGGGUUAAGCGCUUCUUUGCGAUUAGACCAUGGUGUAAAACUUUGAGAAUGAAUACUUUGUGCGUAUGUCUGAUUGAGGAUUUAGCACGUUAGCACAUAUUAACUGUUGAUGAGAACAUUGUCAAAUUAGCAGAUGAAACUGAAUAAAGCUUAAUUUAU